GCGAUCAGCCGCUGGCGUGCCUGAAGCUCCUCAUGACCCUGCUGCCGCGCCAACCAGCCCAGAGAAAGCUACCGGAGAGGAGUUGGAAGGGGUGCAACCACCCUUUGGGGCUAGCAGCGCGAGCGCAGCCGAUUUCCACUACUUGCUGGGUCGGACGAGCCAGCACCAGGUGAAGCAUUCUUUGCGUGAUGAAGGUUGCGAUGCAAACCAGCAGGAUCCCAGUCGCCGCCGUGGCCGGCGACAGCGGAAGGGGGCUGACGAUGAGGUCGUCGUGCCGGAAAAUUUCCAGCCUGGGGACUCCGUGAGGGUUGAGAAGGGCGGAAAACAGUACGAGGUCUCGUUGUCUCAUGCCAUGAAGCCGGGCGAGACGUUGAAGAUUGCAGUGGAGAAGGACUCGGGCGUGGGUGGCAGCUUGGGUACCACGGCCUCAUCGGCUGUCCGUCUGGUUAUCCCGAGCACUUCCUCGGAGGCUUCCCCUUCGUCAUUGGGUGUGACAACCCUUGGGUCGACUUCGCUGCUUCCGGGCCCUGGAGUCUAUGCGCCUCUCUUUGCCUCCUCUCCAUUGCCUGGUGCUGGCGCAGAGAUCGUGCACCUCUCUUCAACGGACGCGGUGCUCCGGUGGGGGAACCGCGUGGAGUGGCUCCACGGCACCGACACUGUGGAGAGGUGGCUGCGCUCACUCGAGCGAGUCCCCGCGGUGUUGCAGUGA